AUGCUGUUCAAUUCUGGAAAGCUGUGCAAGAUCGCACUCGUAGUGACCGUUUGCUGUUUGCUGCUCUGCUGUCAACCGGGUGAAGCAAAUCCGUUACCGGGUAAGGGCAAAACGUUAUCCAGUACCAAGACUGCUUCCAGUAACAGCAAGAAGGCGAAUGCACCGAGACAUUCGCUUGGUACGGGCGCACGAGUGGGAUUGGUUGGAACGGGUGUAGCUGGUGGCAUACUGACCUCCCUUAUCUAA